AGGAAGGAAGGAAGGAAAAAGAAAGAAAGAAAGAAAGAAAGAAAGAAAGAAAUGUCGGAGAUCAGAGAAGCGACUUCCUGGAGCUCCCAUGUGGACCGGCAGGAACCAGGACCCCUGCAAAUAAAGGAGGAAAAGGAAGAAUUAAACAUAGAAGCAGAAACUGAUGUUACCUUUGCUGUUGGCACUGUAAAGAGCGAAGAAGACGAAGAUGAUGAUGCUGAUGAGGAAGAUGAGGAAGAUGAUGCUGAUGAGGAAGAUGAGAAACCUCAGUCACCUCAGUCUUCGGAGCUCCAUGAAAUCAAAACUGAAGCCAUCAGAGAGGCAGAAUCUCCAACCGGCAGCUCAGCUGAACAGAUGAAGACAGAAACUGACGGAGAGGACCUUGGGGGUCCAGAGCAAGCUAAAAACCCAGACACAAGUUGUAACUUUGAGAAAAAUGCCAAUGAAGAGGCUUCAGACUCUUCUGAAACAGAAGUCAGUGAUGAUGAUUAUUGGCAGAAAUCUUCAGAUUCUGAAAUUGAAACCAAAGACCAGAAGAUGACCAGAGCACCUAAAUCAGCUGGAAAGAGUGAUCCGCGGUGUAACACUGCCAAAAUGUCUUUCAGCUGCUCCGAAUGUGGAAAACGGUUUCUAUACAAGCAGUGUCUUCAGAGACACAUAAAGAGUUAUUUAGGGAAAAAUCCUCCCAGCUGUUUGGUUAAAAAGAAAUCUCUUAAAGUUAAGCAAAAAAAAGACUCGGAGAACACCCUUGCUACGGGAAACAAAGUAUUUAGCUGUAGAGUUUGUGGGAAAAGUUUUAGCCUGAAGGGAAAUCUGAAGGUGCACUUCAUGGUCCACACCGGAGAGAAACCUUUCAGCUGUGACCAUUGUGGUAAAAGAUUUAACCGAAAAAUGAUCCUUCAGGCCCACGUACGAGUCCACACAGGAGAAAAGCCGUUUGACUGCAGCGUUUGUGGUAAAGGAUUUACGUGUCAGGGAAGCCUGAGGAGACACGUGAUCAUUCACACUGGAGAAAAACCAUUUAGUUGUGGUGUUUGCGGUAAACAAUUCAACCAGAAAACAAUCCUCAAGAAGCAUAUGAAAGUCCACACAUCAAAUAAACCGUUUCGCUGUAGCUACUGCGGUAAAAUGUUUAAACAUCAGCAGUCUCUUCAGAGACACAUGAGAGGAGAAAGGUCUUCUAGUUGUUUUAUGAACAGGAAAUGCUUAAGCGGGACAGAAAAAGUCGAUUCAGAGUCAACAGACGUUGAAGGAGAGACGCGAUUCAGCUGCGACGACUGUGGUAGAAGGUUCAACCAGAAGACAAACCUCCAGAAACACUUAAGUGUCCACUCAAGACUGAAAUCAUUUGGUUGUGACAUUUGCGGUAAAAUAUUUACUCAAAGAGGAACUCUAAAGAGACACAUACGAGUUCACACAGAAGAGAAACUGUUCAGCUGUGAUUUUUGUACAAAAACAUUUCGCCAAAAAUCUAAUUUCAACAAACAUUUAAGCGUCCACGGAGCAAAUGGCCCCACAGGCGUUUCAUAAGUGUAAAAACUGUAAGAAAAUGUUCAAGUUUAAGAAAAAUCUGAGGAGACACGAAAGACUUCACAGAGGAGAAAAGGCACUUGGUUGUGGUGUUUGAGGUAAAAGUUUCUUACGAGCGGGGACUCUAAAGCUAUACGGGACUCAGUUGUCAGUUGUGGGACAAACUGAGGUUUGCAUUGCAAAACUCUGCUCACACUUCUGUACUGGGGGCAAGCCAGUACCUGUACUUUCCUCUUCAUUGACUUCAACAUGUGCAGAAUGAGAUUUUGUUUUGUCUCGAUAACUUGUGUGGGUGGAAAAGAUGUGCUCUAGAACAGU